AUGAUCGGAGCGUUUUUGGUUUAUAUUUCCAACUUGCUUUGUGUGCUUUUGGGACUGGUAUAUCCUCUCAUUGCGUCAUACCAUACUGCUAGGCAAUUCAUUCAAAAACAAGAGGAAUAUGACAUUGUCAUUAAAUUUCAAAAAUUGCAAGAAAAGAAGAGGAAAGAAGGCUUACCUAGUAGCUCAGUUGCACUCGGUUUUAAUACCCCAGAAAGACAGGAACAAUUAUGGAAAGAAGAACAGCUUGAAAUACUUGAAAGCCAUCAUAAGAAAUGGCUUGCUUAUUGGAUGAUAUAUACAGUGAUCUAUGUGUUCGAAUUUCUCUUUGAGGACUUUUUCUAUAACCGUAUUCCAUUCUAUUAUGUACUCAAACUAGUGUUCUUGUUCUUUGUCAUUACAACCAAAGGACUUUGUGUGUGGUUCUAUGAUAACUGUGUCUACCGAUUAAUGAAAUGGGAAAAUUUGGAGCAAGACAUUGAUAAGGUUCUGGCAUUUGCAAGAACAAAAUUGUACAGCCAUGUGUUCAAAUACUUUGAGGGAGGAAAAGAUGUUGGUUUGAGUUUGUGGGCAAGUGCUCAAGCAAACGUUUUACCUUUUGCUCUGUCUUUGGUGUCUGGAGGAGGCUCUUCGACACAAAACAGCAAUACUGAAAAUGUCACACAAUAG